AUGGACGCUCUGAUGCCGCCGGCUGAAUCCCCGGACCCGGGGCUGCCCGCCACGCACAAGCGGGAAGACGGCGCAGAUGUUGCAGGAGACGCGUCGCCUUCCGAGUCUUACGAACACGGUAGCGAACGGGAGAGUUCCGCGGCUGAAUCUUCAGCUAUGUCUGCAGGCAACUCGAGUGGCUCUUCCGCCGCGUCUGCCCUGAACUCUGCCGCAGAUGGCAAAAGCGGUCCGGCUUCUUGCCGCGAACCCGAGGGCGCCGCUGCUGCCCCGAAACAGUACGACCAGAAGGAAAAGGGAGUGCAUGAUGAGACAGAGGGAGAUGAACCGUGGCUAGUUCUAUCGGGAGGAAACGAGGAGCGACGACCGCUCGAUAUAGUCAAUAAGUUGGUCAUGGCUCCUUCCGGCUUGCUGGGUGUACCUACACCGGAGGGACGGGAGGGGGAGCAAGGGACAGGUGGAGCAGCUUCUUCAAAGCUCCAGGCGCCACAGAAUGGGCCGCUUGUAGUAGCUGAAACGGAGAUGCCGAAACUGCAAAUUCCGCGCUACGGCCACGUCGCAUGUGUCACCUCGGGACGCGACGUCCUCGUGGUCGGCGGCCGCGACGGCCAGGCGAUCCUGAACUCAGUGGAGCGGCUCGAUGAAGGCGAAGGCAGAUGGGUUUCGCUGCCCGCUCUCCACUUUGCUCGCGCGCACCACGCGGGCUGCGCGAUCUCCGGCGGCCGCGCCGUGGUGCUGGGCGGCGAGAACGACAAAGGCGUGUUGAAGUCCGUCGAGUUGUAUCACCCCGUGAAGAGGAACUGGAUCAACCUCGCGCCCAUGCAGCACCAGCGUCACUCGUUCGGCGCGGUCGCUGUAGGCCCGAGUAUCUUUGCGAUUGGCGGCCGAGACGCCGCUGGCGAGCACGGCCGCGUUUUGAAAACCGUCGAGGGCCUCACGCUGCCGCCGAUGCCUUCUCCCACGAGCGUCGGAAGCUCCAGCGCACCAACGUCAUCGCCCGUCUCGCCCGUCGGGCUGCGAAGCGACGCGACGACCCACGCAGCCGCCAGUGGACAUACGCCGCAGAAGGGAAGCGCGGAGCCGGCGGGCUCGGCGCUGAGUGCGCAGCAGACGUCGCGGCUGGGUUCCUCCGGCGAAGAAGGCGGGGGCGGCGGGCUGGGCGGAGUUGCUGGCGCUGCGGAAGGGUGGAAGACCUUGCCCGCCAUGCGGCAGGGCCGCGCGAGCUUUGGCGUCGCGCAGUACAGAGGCAUGAUUUUUUGCGCAGGAGGCACCAACGGCGUCAAGCCUCUCUCGUCCGUGGAAAUGUUCAACAGCCUCACGAACGAGUGGACUGACCUCCCGAGCCUAAACGAAGCGCGCAUCGGCGCGACGUGCUUCAUCUGGCUCCAGGGCUCCAGGCGUCGGCCGCACUUGUGUGUCGCGGGCGGGCGGCAGAGCAGUUUGCAUCCGGUCUUCCAGUCUGCGGAGAUCCUCGAUCUGGAGCCCUUCCUCCCCUCUUCGCUCUCCACGGCGCAGGCAAAGGAAGCGUACCAGCAGCACACUGAAGAGAGCACCGGAGGGAGCGGCAGACCGAAGGCGGAGACCGAAAAAGCGGCCAAGGAACGCGACGAAAAAAGCAGCUGGACGCUGGUCAAUCCCAUGGGAGUGAAACUCUGCUGGCAGCACGCUGGCGGCGUCGUCGCGCGGCACUGGAAGGACGAGCUCCUGGAGUCUCCGUCGCCGCCUCUGUUCGCCUUGGGGAGAGACGCGGUCGCGGCGCGCCCACCGCCCCGUGCGCGGUCGUCGCUGGGUCGUCGCAGUUUGCCGCACACGUUGUCGGGCGGUGCGGGGUCUUCCGGCCUUCUCUCCUCGUCUUCGGCGUCUUUCUCGCUGACGCGCAGUUCAACGUUUUCCUCUUCUCCGCCCCUUCCGCCGUCUCGCCAACCGGCGAUUCCGCGCGGCGUCGUCGCGGCGGCCGCCAAGCGCUUCCAGUCGUUCACGUCUGGCGCGACCUCCUCCAGCUCCUCUUUCUCCGCCAUGUCUCCUUCGUCUCCUCUGGCGCGCGCGCGCACGUCGCCGCGUGAGAAGGCGCCCGCCGAGAAACCCGAAACGAAGCGCGCGACGGAUCCAGCCUCCAUCGCAGCGCCGCGCGCGGAAUCGCCGGCGGCCUGUGGACUUCCUCCAGCGCAGAGCGAGGCGAAAGCGCGCGGGACUCCCGCCGGGGGGGCUGCGAGGCACCGCGGACAAGAAGAAGAGCCUGAGACACCCGAGGAUCGCAGCGGCCGGUCGCAGGCCCCCACGACGCGCAUCCGCACGCUGCUUUCUGAUGACUGCCUGGAGGCCAACCAAAUGCACAGACAGGAUCUCCAGUCGGAAGGCGACGGACUCCUGGGCAAGGAGGUGCUCAGCAGAAACUUGGAGGAAGCAGAUAAGGAACACGACUUUUCUGGCCGAAACGCCGAGACCCGACAGGCGCGGACGCUGCGCGCGAGCAGCGGUAGCAGCGUCGCCAGCGGCGCCGCCUCCUCCGCAGAGGGCAGCCCCGCGCCCGCCGCCGAAAAAGGGCCCUCCAAGGUUCAGUUGCUGAGACAGAAAAUCGAGUUGCAGACAGCGGAGCGCCACGCGGCGAUCGCGAAACAAAAAAGCGCGAGUCGAACGACUGCGGGCGCGCGCCAGAGUGAGGUCCUGUUCGACCCCUUGGAGUGGCUGGAGAGCUAG